AUGAUGUACUUUAGCUACAACGAAGUGGCGAUUCCACUAUUUUCGACCUUUUUCGGCGGCUUCAGACGGUCGCGACCAUCAAACGAUACGCUGCGGAGCAAACGAGAAGCAGACGGCAGAGAAGCAGGCUACGCUAAGCUGCAAGACAUUCAAGAAGAUGACAUACCGCUAAUGCCCAGCCCAGUGGGCCUCGACUCGGCGCGGACCCUGUACCUGCCGAAAAACGACCACGAAGAGCCCCAGAAAUUAUUCCAGGAGUGCCGCUCGUCAUACAGCUGGGACUCCACCUUGUCCAUUGCAUCCACAGACAUGCUUGAUGACGAGCCCCCCGCGGCGCGGGCCGCUGCGUACAACGAUGCACACUAUCUCUUCGACUCUCGCAAUGGCAACCCCUACAGCAGCGGAUCCAAUACUGCCGACGGAGCCGAUUUUCGAAGUCCCAGCUUCUUCAACAACUGUGAGAGCUUUUCAGCUGCGUACAGCGUCGUUGACGACUGA